UGGCAACACUGUUUCGCUUUGUUGUUUCGCGGAUAUUACCAAGAUUGUUUACAAAGACUAUUCGUCUUACCCAAAGUUUAUUGCUUGUUAAAAAGCCAAAGUCAAGGUAAAAAGAUUAAAAAAUGGCCUCAGCUUCCAGUUCAAGUGCCCGUCACCUUUUUGAUGAUUCGAAGAAGCGCUUAUGCGCUCGAGUGGGUGUAAAUGUAAAUAAUUUGGGCUCUGUGGCUAGACAAGUUGUCAGGGGUUCCAAGACCAACGAGAUAAUGCACCAAACUCUAAAAAACUUCACCCAAGUGGAUGUCGUAUCGGAUUAUAGUCACCAGAACUUGCAAAAGAUGAAUUUAAUCCUUCAGCACGUGAAUUACCAGUACGAAGUGAUGCACGAUAGUGUCAACCAUUUGGACUACCUCAAGGAGCAGGUCACAGCCAUGGAAAGAUGAUUGGAAG